AUUGCCCUAUGGUUGUUAAAUACUUGAAACUAUAACUGUAGUACUGUACCGUUUUUAGAGUAUAUCUUCAUAAUGUUACAUAAGGAAUUCGCUUACCCAGGAUAGUUUAUUAAUAGCACCUAAGACAACAGCUAAAUUACAACGCUAUAAAGACAUGGCUCUUGGUUUGAUGUUUAAAACCUGAGGAUUUGCUUUCUGAGAGUUGUUAUUGUGUGUGAGUCUUAUAGGGCUCUGUGAAGACCAUACUCAAGAAUGGGCGGUGUCCUCUAUACUUACUACUAAGUUUUUAAAGCUGAACUAGACGCUGGGUGAAUCCUUUGCCUCACUGGAGCUGCAGAUAAGAGUAAGCAGGGUCACCUAAAGAUAGAAUUACUUAGAGGUUUGGCUGCCUCUCCGGGUCCAUUAGCUUAGAGCAGAUUUCCAUAAAUGGAAAGAGCAGCUGGAGAGACCAGAGUACCUUGCCUUGAGAGUGUGGACGGUGUGUAACAGGUGCUAAAACAGGCUUGAAGUUUUAAAACAAAUGCUCCCCAAAUGACUUUGUUUUAGAAGGCUGCGGUUUUAGCAUUUGGCGAAUUUGAAGGUUCUAACUGAUUCUUUUACAAUUAAAGUUUCUUGAGACAGGCUUUAGAAGAUCAUGUCUGUACUUGUGAAUUUGGCGUGGCCUUUUGAAUCUGUGUGAACAUUCACAAAGCUCCUUAAGGAGAACAUCUUCAGAAAAACAGUCAAAUUAAAAUCUGUUAUUUAUGUUUCAGAACCUCUAAUCACAUAAAUUGUUCAGUAUACAAAUAAGUCAGUGUGAAAUAAAUGUAUGACUAAGAUAAUGAGUUCUUUGGCAAUUCUUUUAUAAGAUCAUGGGAUUGUCUUUAAUUUGCUACAUAAAAGAAAUGCAUGUAUUCUUUGAAAAAUCUAGGGCUACAUACACUGCUUAGAGGUGGAGCACUUGCCUAGCAAUGUGGGAGGUGCUGGGCUUGAUCCUCAACAUCUCAAAACUAAACAAAACCUGUUUUGAAUGCAAAGCUUAUGAUUUUACAGGAAUGAGAAGUCAUCAUACUGAACUCCCAUUUCAUGCCAGACACUGUAUGUGUUUUCCACAACUAUUUGUAGAAAUCGUCCUGCUCUAUAAAAUGGAAACUGAGGCAUCAGAGACUUAAGUGGAUUGUCUUAGUGGCUGAGUCUAAGAACCUAAGCUGUUAGACCUGAAAGUGCAAACCUCUGCUUGAAUACUUCACUGUUUGACAAACCAUUUGAUAGAAAAGCAUGAAAGAUGUGUAAGAGAGAUAGAUAGGAAGAGCAGUUGAAUCAGGAAUGGCUUUCAGUGGAAGCAUCAGUUCAUAGCAGUAAUGCACACUGUACGGAUAAGACAAUUGAAGCUGCUGAAGCCCUGCUUCAUAUGGAAUCUCCUACCUGCUUGAGGGAGUCAAGAAGUCCUGUGGAAGUGUUUGUCCCUCCUUGUAUAUCAACUCCAGAGUUUAUCCAUGCUGCGAUGAGGCCAGAUGUCAUUACAGAGACUGUAGUGGAGGUGUCAACGGAAGAGUCUGAGCCAAUGGAUGCCUCGCCUAUUCCCACUUCACCAGAUAGCCACGAACCAACGAAAAAGAAAAAAGUUGGCCGAAAACCAAAGACCCAGCAGUCACCAGUUUCCAAUGGGUCUCCUGAGUUAGGAAUCAAGAAGAAAGCCAGAGAAGGAAAAGGAAACACAACCUAUCUGUGGGAGUUUCUCUUAGAUCUACUUCAAGAUAAAAAUACGUGUCCCAGGUAUAUUAAAUGGACUCAGAGAGAAAAGGGCAUAUUCAAACUUGUGGACUCAAAGGCUGUCUCAAAGCUUUGGGGAAAGCAUAAGAACAAACCAGAUAUGAACUAUGAAACUAUGGGGCGAGCUUUGAGAUACUACUACCAAAGGGGGAUUCUUGCAAAGGUUGAAGGACAGAGGCUUGUAUAUCAGUUCAAGGAUAUGCCCAAAAACAUAGUGGUCAUUGAUGAUGACAAAAGUGAAACCUGCAGUGAAGACUUGGCAGCAGCCGCUGAUGAAAAGUCAUUAGAACGAGUGUCAUUGUCUGCAGAAAGCCUCCUCAAAGCAGCGACUUCUGUUCGUGGUGGAAAAAACUCAUCUGUAAACUGCUCCAGAGCAGAGAAGGGUGUGGCUAGAGUUGUGAAUAUCACUUCCCCUGCUCAUGAUGCUUCAUCCAGGUCUCCUACCACCACAGCAUCUGUGCCAGCAGCAGCAGCUCCAAGGACAGUUCGUGUGGCAAUGCAAGUUCCUGUGGUAAUGACAUCACUGGGUCAGAAGAUUUCAACUGUGGCAGUUCAGUCAGUCAAUGCAGGUGCACCAUUAAUAACCAGCACCAGUCCAACUACAGCCACCUCUCCAAAAGUCGUCAUUCAGACGAUCCCGACUGUGGUGCCAGCCUCUGCUGAAAAUGGAGACAAAAUCACCAUGCAGCCUGCCAAAAUUAUCACCAUCCCUGCUACACAGCUUGCACAGUGUCAGCUGCAGACAAAGUCCAAUCUGACUGGAUCAGGAAGCAUUAACAUUGUUGGAACCCCCUUGGCUGUGAGAGCACUUACCCCCGUUUCAAUAGCCCACGGUACUCCUGUAAUGAGACUAUCUGUGCCUGCUCAACAGGCUUCUGGCCAGACUCCUCCUCGAGUUAUCAGUGCGGUUAUUAAAGGGCCAGAGGUUAAAUCAGAAGCAGUGGCAAAAAAGCAGGAACAUGAUGUGAAAACUUUGCAGCUGGUAGAAGAAAAGGGAGCAGACGGGAAUAAGACAGUAACCCAUGUAGUGGUUGUCAGUGCACCUUCUGCUAUUGCCCUUCCUGUGACUAUGAAAACCGAAGGACUAGUGACAUGUGAGAAAUAAACAGGCUCUGCCAUGGACUUCAGACUGUUAGUGUUGUGCUGACAAACAUCUGCAAGGGAAGUCAUCAAGAAAAGCCAGAGGACUUUAAAACAGCUGUGCAUAUAAGAAAGCAAUCAGACUUACUGGAAAUAAUUACCUAUCCCAUGUUUCAGUGGGAAGUGAACUAUACAUUGAGAUGCUGACAGAAAACUGCCUCUUAGACUAGGAACGACUGAACCCUCAAGAAAAAAGACUGAAAGGGACCAAGCAGCCCACUACAAUAUCAAGUUACACUAAGAGUUGGAACACUAACACCUGUAAGAGGUUACAUAGUUUUCAGUGGGGCGGGAUUGGGAUGGGUGAUCUCAUUGUUACAUAUAGCAAUUUUUGAUGCAUUUUAUAUGCAUACCAGCAAUUAUUACUGUGUUUGCACAGUACUCACUUAACUGGUGCUAUGUGAAGACUCUGCUAAUAUAGGUAUUCUAGAAUGUGAACUGAGUGGAUCCAAAAGCUCCAGAAGAGGAUAGCAAAAAGAUCUAGUGUGUUUUCUUGUUUUAUUUUUGUUUUGAAUAUAUAUAUCAUAUAGCUUAAGCUGUUUUAAAACAAAGGCCUUAGACUAAUUUUCGGUUUUCUUUCUUGAAAUAAGCUAAUGGCUUGUUUGUGUAAAGCUUUUUUAUUAAAGGAAAAAAUUUUAAAAAUCUUGUACCUAGCACAGUAUUGUUAUAGAAUUUACAUGUAACAUUUUAUAUGGUAGUUUAAGUCUGUUGGUUUCUUAAUUGUGAAGAAAUUAACUGUUGGCUCUGGCCCUUUACUGUAACAUACCUGCGUCGCUCAAGUCAGCCCUGGCGUCUUGCAGACACAUGAGUAUCAGUUCUCCUGUCAUUUUGAAAUUCAGACUCAGCAUGAACUCGUCAGGUAGCUCUAAUACCUGGUGUUUGUUUUCUUUCUCAUUCUUUUUUCUUCUUUCUCCUUCUUUCCUCCUUUUUUCUCUUUUUCUUUUUUAGUUGACAUUUAAGAGGGAAAGUACCAGUGUUCAGAUUUGAACUAUAAUAGUUUGUAUAUUCAACAUUUGAAGUAUAUUCUAUUUUGUUGUACUCUUGUUUCAAAGUGUAUUCAAGUAGGUUUUCUGAAAUAUAGAAGUGAAAUUUA